AUGCCUCGCCCCAAGAAGCCCGGCGCACCUGAGCCCAAGAGGAGGAGUCGCAAUGGUUGCUGGUCAGGACUCAUCCCGCUUUUGCCCCUCAUCAAAUGCUUUUAUCUGAUCCGAGAGCUGACACGGCGCCAGGCCCUGCAAGAACCGCAAGAUAAAAUGCGGCGAAGAGCAUCCCACUUGUUUGAAAAGGCGGGUGAGACAUGCGACUAUAGCAUACGCCUGAACUGGGAUGGGCGGAGAGGCAAGCGGCCUGAACCGGGAACCAUUGAUUUCGCCCAAGAAGUCCCAUCGCCGGCGGUCCCAACCAAGGGGUUCAAGCUCGUUCAUCAGUUCCCGUCUUCCAAUGCCCCAUCGACUCGCAAGCUGGAGCCCCUGGUCUCUCCCGGCAGUUCUUCGAAGCUGGAUGCAACUCCUACGCCAACUGCCGAAGCUUCGGGUCUAUCCUUUGAUAGCUCUGCUAAUCAGUUUCAAGUGCCCAAUAAGCGCGUGAAGCUGGAUCCCAGCCCCGAAUCCUCAGAUACUGCUGAGAAACGGCCAUCUUAUUCGUCGCCUUCCUCCACUGCCGAGACCGGACCUGCUUCCUUCAGAUUCCCAGCAUCCAAUGCUUCAUCCACUGCAUCGCCCUUGACGCCAGCCGCAUCGUCUACUUACAGCGACGAGGGGCAGCGUCACGGCUCUCGCUCAGAGGUGCCGUCGGCAUCAUCACCGGAUCUUAGGAGGAUGUCCGUUCACUCUCUACUCUCCGGCCCUGGAAGAUCACAAGAUGAUCAGGGCAGUGUUUACAACUUUGCAUCUCCGAUCAAUUGGGACUCCAUUCCCACUUCCAAUCCACCAAAGCUGUAUGGCAUUGACCGCGGGCUGCCAGAUUUGGAUCUUGGAAAGAAUGACGAUGACAACGCCAUUGGCACAGGCUAUUCUCCCUUGAGCCAGCGAGAUCACAUCGAUACCCCAGUAGGGGAAUUCGACUCAGAUCUGUUCUCGACUGGGUUUGCCUUCGGUGUAGAGACGACUGACACAAACGAAGACACCAAGGGUUACUAUGAUAAGCCUGUCGAAAUCUAUAUUCCCCACCACCUUGAACCACUUCCACCCAAACUCAUCAAUAAUCCUAUGAACCUCCUCUACUUUCAUCACUUCAUAAAUCACACCGCCAAGGUCCUCGUCCCUUAUGACGAUUUACAGGCGAACCCAUUUAGAACCACAUUACCCCUGAUGGCCGUCAGGAAUGAGAAUCUUCUAGCACUCCUCCUGGCUUACUCUGCUUCUCAUCGAGCAAGGCUUCUGAAACAUCCGGAGCCGAGUCUGCGGAUUGCAACGCUCGUGGACGACAUCUUCCCAGCUCUGCGGGAGGCACUCUCAGAUCCUCACCAAAAUUUCUCGGAUGCCAAUGUUGCGACGGCCAUCAUGCUUGCUUCGCUUGAGAUUGUUUCUCCCAAAGUCUUCGGCUACGAGAUACCGUGGCAGAAGCACCUGGGUCUAGCUCGAGAACUUAUCAUGGCUCGUCCAGGUGGAUUACACUACCAGCAGAACUUUCGACAGGAUAAUGUCUGCUCCUUUCUAUGGAGUUGGGCCGCUUAUCUCGACGUUAUAGGCAGUUUGAGUGGUGGCCCCCGAGAGUCCUCAACUGCUUGGAUGUUUGAUUAUGAGAUGGAGGACAAACAUGACGGCUACGAUGAGAUUGAUUGCAUAAUGGGCUUUACGACCCGAUGUGUCUAUUUGCUGGCUAAGAUUGCUGAUUUGGCUCGGAAGUGCGACGCUGAUCGCAUUGGGCCCGACAACCAGAUUCGAGCGGACUGGGAAGCGAGCAGCGAGACCUUGACCAUGGCUUCAAAGCUCGAGGCAGAUGUCAAAGACAGCAUGUAUCAGCCCAUUACGCCUUGUAAACACAUCCACACAGGCGGCAACAUGGACAAGUGGGAUCGUGUCGAGCUGGGAGCUACCAACGAAGCCUUCCACUGGGCCGGGUUGAUCCACAUCUACCGGCGAAUAUUAGGACGCCCAUCAGAAGACAAACAUGUUCAGACCGCUGUGCGCGAGAUCAUUGAAUGCUUCGGUAGGAUCCGGAGAGGCGGAACAGCCGAAGCUUGUUCGCUGUUCCCGAUAUUCACGGCAGGCUGUGACGCCCAAGACGACGUACAGCGAGCGUUCAUCAUGGAGCGCCUCGGGGCUGGUGAACAUCAUGGGAUGAGUUCGGCGGUAUUGAAGGUACACAAAGCUCGACGAAUUAUGGAGAGAGUCUGGGAGACGGGACAAGCGUGGGAGACAUUGUUGAGCACGGAGUUCAUUGGGUAA